ACGAUGAAGUGGUAGUAGGAGUGAAAAACCAAGCAAAACCCCCCAAUCCCCAAUGCUCAGAUUCUCCACGCAUUCAUAGCUCCACUCUCCCCAUAUCCGGACCCUUUGGGAAACUCUUCUCGCCAUCGCCUCCAUCACUCACUCUUCAAAGAUAGAAGAAAUUAGGAGGAAGCCAUGAAAAGAGAGCUGGAUCCUAAUCUCCAUUCUCUGGCCGAUUCUUCCAUCACUGCAAGUGCCAGCUCCGGUAGCAGUACUGGUAAAGCUAAGAUGUGUUGGGAAGAUGAGGUCCAACCAGACGGUGGCAUGGACGAGCUCUUGGCUGUGUUGGGUUACCAGGUGAGGUCCUCCGACAUGGCAGAGGUUGCCCAGAAGCUGGAACUUCUUGAGGAUUUGAUGGGUAAUGCUCAGGGUGACGGUCUCUCUCAACUCGCAACCGAUACCGUCCAUUACAACCCCUCCGAUCUCUCGACAUGGCUCCAGAGCAUGCUCUCCGAGUUGAACCCUCCUUGCAAUGAUUUCGACCCCAUCGUGCCGCCUGCUGCCGGUGCCCCGCCCGCUCCACUCGAUGAUUCUUUGCUGGCUCUGGCCGAAUCUUCCACCAUCACCUCCAUCGACUUCGAUAAACAAAACAAUAACAGUCACAACCGAGUCUUCGAGGAAUCCUCUUCUUCGGAUUACGAUCUCAAAGCUAUUCCUGGCAAGGCAAUGUAUAGCCAACCUCAAAGCCAGAUCGAAUAUUCUCCAUCCUCAAGAGACUCCAAACGUUUGAAAUCCUCAUCGGCCUCUGGGUCAAACCCUGAUAUCUCGUUUUCGGGUUCUUCUACUACUGUAGGCGGUGGUUUCACUGUUUCCACCGAGUCAACUCGCCCAGUUGUACUCAUCGACUCGCAAGAGAACGGAAUUCGCCUCGUCCACGCUUUGAUGGCCUGCGCCGAGGCCGUACAACAGAAUAGCCUCGGCCUAGCAGAAGCCCUUGUCAAGCAGAUCGGAUACUUAGCCGUGUCCCAAGCCGGUGCCAUGAGGAAGGUCGCCACGUACUUCGCCGAGGCCCUGGCACGGAGAAUCUACAAGCUUUACCCUAAGAACCCUCUCGACCACUCGCUCUCCGACAUACUCCAGAUGCAUUUCUACGAGACCUGUCCCUACCUCAAAUUCGCUCACUUCACUGCCAAUCAAGCCAUCCUCGAAGCCUUCGAGGGCAAAAAGCGCGUCCACGUUAUCGACUUCUCCAUGAACCAAGGGAUGCAGUGGCCGGCUCUGAUGCAAGCUCUCGCUCUCCGCCCCGGCGGCCCACCCGCUUUUCGCUUGACUGGUAUUGGCCCUCCUGCCCCGGACAAUUCCGAUCAUCUCCAGGAAGUGGGUUGGAAGCUGGCCCAGUUGGCCGAGACGAUUCACGUCGAGUUUGAGUACAGAGGGUUCGUCGCCAACAGCCUCGCGGAUCUCAACGCCUCCAUGCUCGAUCUGCGGCCCAGAGAGGUUGAGUCGGUCGCGGUUAACUCUGUGUUCGAGUUGCACAAGUUAUUGGCUCGGUCCGGAGCGAUCGAGAAAGUGUUUUCAGUGGUAAAGCAAAUGAAGCCGGAUAUCGUGACGGUGGUCGAGCAGGAAGCGAACCACAACGGACCAGUUUUCUUGGACCGGUUCACCGAGUCGCUGCACUAUUACUCCACCAUGUUCGACUCGCUGGAGGGAUCCGUGAGCAAUCAGGACAAGGUGAUGUCGGAGGUCUACUUGGGGAAGCAGAUAUGCAACGUGGUGUCGUGUGAGGGUGUGGACAGGGUCGAACGGCACGAGACGUCGGUUCAGUGGCGGGCUCGGCUGGGAUCUGCCGGGUUCGAGCCGGUUCAUCUCGGGUCAAACGCAUUCAAGCAAGCUAGCAUGUUGCUGGCCCUGUUCGCCGGUGGCGAAGGCUACCGAGUGGAAGAAAACAAUGGGUGUCUGAUGCUGGGUUGGCACACUCGUCCACUCAUUGCUACCUCUGCAUGGCAACUCGCCGGUAAAGCUACAUUAGCCCAUUGAGUCAACUCAGCGAGUCCGUUAAUCUCGUUUCCGAUUUCAGCCCCCGCCCACCAUGACUUUAGUGGACUGGGUCUCUGUCAAUGGGUUCUGCUGAGCUGGGUGGCUCACCCCUGACACAGACCGAGUGAGACCCACCACUCCGGACCUCAAGUCCCUGUCUCCUCCAUCUUUUCUUUUCCAAUCCCCCCCCUCUCUCUCUCUCGCCUUUCCUUUAGGUAUUUUUCUUAGCUAUUUGAUUUCUCCAUUUGUUUUGUUUGGUUUUUCUUUUUCUUUUUUGGGUGAAAUCUUUUUUGUAAUUUUCAGGUUGAAUCAAAAGUUAUCGUCUAUUAAUGUUUGUAAGUUUAAAUAUAUACUAUAAUAGCUUAGCUUUGUGAUGAUAUAAAGUUUAGAACUUUUUUAAUGAGUGAUUGGUGUUGUGCAAGAA